UUACUAGGUAGCCUUUUACCAGACGGGAUCAGUUGACAAACAUGAAAUCCACGAAACAGAAACCGAGAUAUUUCCAACCAUCGCUAGUAUGCUUAGAAGUGAUGUACCCAGUACUGUAUCUCGCCUCUUUCAGCUUCCGUAAGUACAAGUACCUAAGGUACAUAGGGUGUAUAUAAAUCGCGAAAUGCCCAUUCGACGUAUUUGCAUAGAAAACAGAUUCCCACGCAGCCGGAUCUCUCUAAACGCGGAUAAUCAGUAACCUAGGGUUGAGACGCCACAAAUCUCGACGUCCCGUCCCCCGCUUUCCAGGUCCUUGGGUUCCCUUUCCCAGCUCCUCGGGUCCCCGUUCCCAGGCUACCGGGUCCUCGGGUUAUCAUGGGAGCGGGCUUCCCGUCUCUGCCUGAGGUUAUAGGCAAUAUGCGAAACUGUUUUAUACAUUCGCCAUCUAUCUCGCUAUGGUUGAAAACGCGGUAACGUGCAUAACGUACGCCGCCUGGAGCCCUGGAGAGCGAGGAGAGAUCAUGAGACGAGUGGUCAGAAGAGCAAAAAGCCAGCCCCCCGCCCGCCUACGGCCAACCCGCCUUGAAAUGCACAUUCGCCCCGUACUGCAGCAAGACCUGCACUCCAGCCUCAAAACCCGUGUCGAUGGCCGUGUGCAACGGCGUUUUGCCGUGUGUGUCGUAGCCGUCGAUGACGCUGCGCUCGCCGAUGCGGACCGAGUGCUUGAGCAGCAGCUUGAGCAGCGCCUCGCGCCGGUGCACGACGGCCCAGUGCAGUGCCGACCGGUGUUGGCUGUCGAGGCUGCCGAGGCGCGCCCCGUGCGCCAGCAACGAGCUUACGACGUCCUCGAACCCGCCGAUUGUCGCGUGGAUCAGGGGGGUCUAUUGCCGUGGCAACGGUGUUGUCAGCAAACCGUCAAUUCCCAAUUUUUCCUUCUUCCCCUUCCCCUUAUUUUACUCGACAGAAAGGAAAGUAGUUACGAACUAGACCCUCGCUGUCCUUCUCGUUGCAAUCAAUAUUGUGUUGCAGUAGCACGCAAACAAUCCGAUUGUGCCCCUUCCGCGCCGCCAUGUGCAGCGGGCUCUGCCACUUGUUCCCAGGUACUGACUCCUGCAGAGACGGCAGAUCGUCCAUGCUCGUCCCGAGGCCGCCGUCCCCCUGCCCCUGGGUGGUGGAGGCGGAAGGGCGCGAGGUGGUGUGGAAUGCGCUGUAAACCGUGUGCUCGGCCGCUGUCUCGGCCGAGGAUAAUGAGGAGGGUACGACCGACAUGGAUGCCGGAGUCGCCGGAUGGGUAGUGCCUGACGAGCCUAUGCUGUUCAGUUCAAGUUCUAGCCCGGUAAUGCUCUCGAGCAUAAUGUUGCCGCCAUAUCCCAGCCGGCAGAAGCCGAUCUUGUCGUGGUGGAUGGAGGCGCCGCUCGGGCUGAAGGCGGCAUCUGGCGCGUCGUCGAAGCCGGCGGCAAGGAGAUCGGAUGGCGAGGUCGGA